UUCUCGCGUAAACAGGAGGGUCUCGGCUUUGGAACAGUUCACCGGUACCUCGCUGUCGGUCAACAGCUCUUGUUCUUCAGUUACAAAAAAAAAAACUCGCGCGACCAUGCGGCCAAUUCGGUGCCUUUCUGUGCAAAUCGCUGGUUUGGACCAAGUGUAGAGACUCAAAUGCGAGAUGUUCCGCCUAAUUCUACUCCUUUUAUACGCCCGUCGAUGUCUUGCCUACGGAUACGAUUCAGGGGGCGAUCAGGGGGCUUGUGGGCGCCAAUACCGCUCGGGAAAAAUGCACAGACCUCCGUGCGAUUUAACCUCAGGCUAUUGCACCUCAGCUGGCACUGCCUACCCCUGGCACGCUGUGAAGAGGUUUGUGAGGGAGAAUCAAGGCCUGAUGAGGCGGAUGUACGGGGAUCAGAGGCAUGGACAGGUGCUCCAGGCCGAGCUGGACGACGUGGAGCUGCAGUCAAUGACAGGGGAGGAUAGAAAAAUGUGGGCUAAGCAAGAAUCCCACUUCAACACCGACAACGAGCUAACGCGAGACACUGAGCCCCGAUUUCUGCGUGAGGAAGAUAUAAGUAAUGAUGACGUUCUCAACACCAAAUUCGUUUAUUCAGAGGAGCCUUCAAUUAGCAUAAAAUUGGCAGAUUUGCGGACGGCUCCUCAUUUCAGACCCACAACAACAACCACAACCGAAGCACCAAAAACAACAACCGUAACUGAAGAAACAACCACAGUUGAAACCGCAACCACUGACACUACUGAUACAACUAAUGAUAAUAAUAAUCCCACUGAAAAUGAUUCAGGUGAUAACAAUCCCCAAACGGUCCUUUUCCAGGACAUGGAGGACAAAAACAGUCACAAGGUGCAAGUCAACUACCACAUGAAGGGGGUGAAUGCUUGUCCGGUGAAAGAAGAAGUGGUGGCCCCCUUCUGGGCGAAUAACACCCGGGGCGAAGUCCUAGCCUUGCUUAAUAUGUACCCCUUUGAACAGUACGUCCACUGGGAGAAGUGCACCCACGAGCACCGCCAGAUGUACUGUCGAGAUGGGUGUCGCUGUGAGCAGCAGUAUCGUCUCCAUAGACUGCUGGCCUACGACCCCAAUAAUGAAUGUCGGGGGAUUUUCUCGGAUUGGUUUCGAUUUCCGUCGUGUUGUGUUUGUAAAUGUUACAGUAUACCACCGGCGGAGUUUCGUGUGACGUCGCGAAGUCCACGAGCUUUUGACGAUGGGCAAGUGCCCCCCGAUUGGUAUCGAAGAAAAAAUGAGGCUAUUUUUGGAGGUGAUCAUGGAUGAUUCGAAAAUUGGAAAAGUAAUCGCCAAGGCUCGUGUUUUGUAAUUUAGUUAUUUUUGUGUCUAUGUUUUGUACAUUUAUCAUUAAUACUAUUAAUUGUAUGUUGUAGUUGGUAAGACUUGUUGUGUUCUUGUAAUGUGUUAAUUUUUUUAUAAAAUUACGAAUAAAGUUUAUGAUUAACAAGGCCAA